AUGCAGAACAACUACUACGCGCAGUACGAUACGACAGCCCAGUAUGAGACGCCGAUCACCAACCAACAGGACGGACAUGAUCGUUGGCCGACCCGUCAAGAGGUCCUGAAACAGUGUCUGGGGCUACAGGACUCGCCCAAGAAAGUGCGGGAUUGGUUCAAGACGUAUCUCGAAUAUCGCGGGCUGGAUGCGAUCAACGCCGACAAGUUCUUCUGGCGCGAAGAACCGCAUCGGGCGACUUACUCAAACCUGCUCGAAGCCUUCAAGCAGCACUGUGGGAAACUGGACUGGGAAGCUGAUGUUCUCGCUUAUGACGUGUACACGGUUGUCGAGGGCUCCAUACCGCCACCAGAGCGGACGAUGUUCCAGAAAUACGUGGAAGGGCUGUUUGGAUACGAGUUCUACAUCAACUUGAUGCAGUGGACGAAGCCAAACCCUGGUUUUCUCGACCGGGCGAAUUGCAUCUUUUGCUGGCUUGGGUUGUUGAGCAUUCAUGGUGUUCUCACUCUCAUCGGCGUGGUCAUAACCGCAUUCUUGUUGAGUACCUGA